GGGGGAGGCUUGGGGCCAUGGAGUCCUUGUGGCCGGUCCCCAGCUGUGAGUGGGGUUUGCCGGGGCUGGGUCCUGAGGCCGAGGUCUGGGGGUGGGGCUAGGCGGGACAGCAUUGCCCCUGUGUACCCCGACUGUCCUGGUCGCCUGGAGGGCAUGUGGCCUUCUGGGUCCCCUUAAACCUUGGGGAUCCUCACUCGGGCCUGUGGUGAGGAGGAGAGGCUGGGGUGGCUCUCGCUGCCGUCUCCUUGCUGGAACUCCUGCCUCAGGCUUCUGUGCAGUCACUGGUGACUGAGGCCGGCCAGGUUGUAGAUGGAAGCAGGAUGUGUGCCCACAUGGUUGGUGGGGGCGGCCAGGGUUCACCAAGCCAAGUGCUCCCUGCACGCUGGAGCCCUCGUCUGGGCCAGAGACGUGCUCGCCCCAAGGCUGGCCUCUCGGUGUGGAGGGCCCAGGGCAGAGACCGACGGCUCAGGUAGGGCCGGGCCCUUUCCAGAAAGGCUCCACCCUGGCCCAGCCCUCGGUGCCAGCAGGACGUCCCUCAGCCCCGCCUGCCCGAGGGAGGCGGCGGCAGAAGGCUGUGGACAGGGACCCAGACCUGCCGACGAGACUCGGCCAUGGGGAACAGCCACUGCGUCCCGCAGGCCCCCAGGAGGCUCCGGGUCUCCUUCUCCAGGAAGCCCUCGCUGAAGGGAAACAGAGAGGACAAUGCUCGGAAGCCGGCCGUCCUGCUGGGCCCCGAGGCCGCUGGGAGCGGGGACACCGCCGCCGCCAAGAUCUUCCACUACGUCCCGGGCACGGACAUCCUGGACCUGGAAACCCAGCGAGAAAACGCGGAGCAGCCAUUCCUGAGUGUGUUCAAGAAGGGGCGGCGGAGGGUCCCCGUGAGGAACCUGGGAAAGGUGGUGCACUAUGCCAAGGUCCAGCUGCGGUUCCAGCACAGCCAGGAUGUCAGCGACUGCUAUCUGGAGCUGUUCCCCGCCCACCUCUACUUCCAGGCUCACGGCUCUGAAGGACUCACACUUCAGGCCCUCCUAUCCUGUGCCCGGCAGGGGCUGCUACCACUGACGGAGCUGAGCAUCCGUGCAUUCAAGGGGUCCCAAGAGCACGCCUUCGAGAUCACAGGCCCGCUGCCCGCACCCCUCCUGGUGCUCUGCCCCGGCCGGGCCGAGCUGGACUGCUGGCUCUACCACCUGGAGAAGCAGAUGGCCCUCCUCGGGGGGCUGCGGCACUGCCACUGGGCACCCCCACAGGGGCCCCCCGGAGAGGAGCUACCCUGGACUCUCCAGGGCUGUCUCACCCGGCUGCGGACGGCGUCAGGGCACGAACCCAGCGGCAGCGCCAUCUGUGCCUCGAGGGUCAAGCUGCAGCACCUGCCCGCACAGGAGCAAUGGGACCGGCUCUUGGUCCUGUACCCGACGUCCCUGGCCAUUUUCUCUGAGGAGCCGGACGGGCUUUGCUUCAAGGGGGAGCUCCCGCUCCGCGCCAUCCACAUCAACCUGGAGGAGAAGGAGAAGCAGAUCCGCUCCUUCCUGAUCGAAGGUCCCCUCAUCAACACCAUCCGAGUGAUAUGCUCCAGCUACGAGGACUACAGCCACUGGCUGCUCUGCCUCCGCGCCGUCACCCACACGGAGGGGGCCCGGCAGCUGCCUGGCACCGAGAGCUUCCUGGGAAUGCAGGCGAUGGGCAGCGGCCGAGGCUCACUCUCCUCAGGUGGACGGACCAGCUGGGACUUGGAGUGCCUGGCGCCCCCCUCCACCCAUACCAGCCACUCCUUGCCUGAGUCCUCAGUGCCACCCACCAUGGGCUGUGCCUCUCUGCACACACCGGACCAGGCCAACUCUGACCCCGCCAGCAUCUGCCAACGGAGGACAGAGCUGAGACGUAGCAGCAGCAGCCGGUCACCCAGGAGCAAGGCCCGGGCAGGGAGCCGUGGCCCUGCCACCCCGCUGCACCUGGACCUGACCCAGCUGAGCAGGCCGAGCCUGGAGGGCAGCCCAGAGGCCCCUGGCCACACAGAGACGCCACACUCGCCCCUCUAUGCCGACCCCUACACCCCGCCGGCCACCUCCCACCGCAGAAUCACAGAUGUCCAGGGCCUGGAGGAGUUCCUCAGUGCCAUGCAGAGCUCACCUGGACCUGUGCCCUUGAGCCCGCUCCCCUGGUUGCCCGCAUCUGUGCCUGUCUCUGACCCUGGCUCCAGCUCCCCUGGCCCCACUGGCCCCCACUUGCUCUCCAAGAAGGGAGCCUUGCGGUCCAGAGCCUCUCGGAGACACCAAGGCUCAGCCAAGGGUGUGGGGCCGGAGCCCCCAGACGCCCCUCAGCUCGUCUCCUCUGCCAGGGAAGGUUCACCUGAACCGCAUCUGCCUCUGACAGAUGGCCAGCCCUCCAGGAGGAGCGAGGGCCCAGGCCACGGCCACCCCUGGGAUGAUACCUUGGCGUCCUCCCACCAGCAGUGUGCCCGGCUGGGAGGGCCUGAGGCCGGUGGCGGGCUCGUGCAGUGGAUCUGACGGCCCCGGCAGGGCAGGUUCUCAGGACCACCCUUGCCGGGCCUCCACGGCACCCACCCCUCUGAGCCACUUCAAAGUCCAAGUCAGGGUCUGAACCCAGUGCCGGGGGGGAGUCUCCGGGGCCCUGGGCUCCCGCGCCUCAGCACCAGCAGCUGGGGUGAGGAAGGGGCCCCAUCCCAAGGACACCCUGGCUGGAGAGGCCAGGUCACAGGUCAGGGAGGCCCCGGCCAUCCACAGGGUCGGCCCUCAAUUCUGCCAGCCAGGAGUGCAGGAGGAGACUCAUGGGAGCGUUCCCUGGAGUGGGAGGGUGACAUGGGCAUGGAGGUCAGAGGACAGAGCAAGGUCAGCAGGGUCAGAGUAUGUGAGGUCAGAGGGCAAGAGGGUCACAGGUCAGCAAGUGUGAAGGGCACAAGCCAGGGUGUGGGUGGGGGUGUCCCAAGGAAGAGGGCAGGUGGGGCCUUGUGGCCUGGGCAUGUGCAGCUUGGGAGACGCUGACGCCACCGGACAAGAAAGAAAAAAAAAAGAAAAGAAGAGAGAGAGAGAAAAAAAAAAGAAAAA